AUGGUUGUUGAGAACUGCACCGUGAUUACUGACUUCAUUUUCCUAGGACUUUCUGACAGGCAGGAUGUGCAGCAGGGUCUCUUUGUACUCUUUCUGCUGGCUUAUGGCAUAACUGUGAUUGCCAAUCUAGGGAUGAUCCUGCUGAUCAAGAUGGACUCCAGUCUCCACACACCCAUGUAUUAUUUCUUGAGCAAUCUGUCUUUCUGUGAUGUCUGCUACUCCACCACUGUUUCUCCAAAGAUGUUGGUUGAUUUCUUAUCUGAGCAAAAGAGGAUUCCAUAUAGUUUCUGUGCCAUCCAGAUGUAUUUUUGGGGUGUCUUUGCGGAUGUGGAAUGUCUUAUGUUGGCUGUCAUGGCAUAUGACCGUUAUGUAGCUAUUUGCAAUCCACUUCUUUACACAAUCGCGAUGUCCAGGAGAGUCUGUACCCAGCUAGUGUCCAUUGUGUACAUUGAAGGUUUGAUUGAUUCCACAAUCUUCACCUGUUGCAUAUUUCAGCUGUCAUUCUGCAAUUCCAAUAUCAUCAAUCACUUUUUCUGUGAUAUCCCACCCUUACUAGCCCUGUCCACCUCAGAUACAACCGUCAAUGAAAUAGUCUUGUUCACUUUCAGUACCUGUGUCGUAGGUUGCAGCAUUGUCACUGUCCUCCUCUCCUACAUCUACAUAAUAACUACCAUCCUUAGAAUGAACUCAGCCGAGGGAAGAUACAAAGCCUUCUCUACAUGUGCCUCCCACCUGACUGCUGUGGCUGUAUUUCAUGGCACACUCCUCUUUAUGUAUUUGCGACCCAGCUCGAGUUACUCUAUGGACACGGAUAAAAUGGCCUCCGUUUUCUACACAGUUGUCAUCCCUAUGUUAAAUCCACUGAUCUACAGCUUAAGGAAUAAGGAUGUGAAAGGUGCCCUGAAAAAAGCAAUUAGCAUUAAAUUAUCUCCUGGGUGA